GGCACAUCGGGCUGGACUCCGGGCAGAGGCACAUCGGGCUGGACUCCGGGCAGAGGCACAUCGGGCUGGACUCCGGGCAGAGGCACAUCGGGCUGGACUCCGGGCAGAGGCACAUCGGGCUGGACUCCGGGCAGAGGCACAUCGGGCUGGACUCCGGGCAGAGGCACAUCGGAUUACCAGGGAAGCAGCAGGCAGCGGGCCACCGUGCGGAGCAGCAGGCAGCGAGGCCACCAGGCGGAGCAGCAGGCACCGGGCCCCCAGGCGGAGCAGCAGGCACCGGGCCCCCAGGCGGGGCGACAGGCAUCGGGCCCCCAGGCGGAGCGGCGGGCGCCGGGCCCCCAGGCGGGGCGA